UUUGUCAGUAAUGUCAGUAUCGAGCGUUGAGCGCUGCAGCACACACGUAACGAUCGCGUCUGUUUCGCGGCCCGCAAGCCUACCUCUGCGGAAUCAUGUCCACCGACCUGAAGCUUAUCAACAUGGUCAAGGAGUUUCCGGAUCUCUACGACACCCGGAGGCCCAACUACAAGGACACGGUCCUCAAGGAGUCGAUUUGGACGCAGAUCGCGAGCAACAUUGGAACUCCUGUUCAAGAUGUGAAGACGCGGUGGCGAUCUUUGAGAGACAGAUUCACCAGGGAGAAGAAAGCAGCUAUCUUGUCCAACAGUCCAGACUACACAGGAAAGCCUUUCAAACCAUGGCCCUUAGUGGAGCACAUGAAUUUCCUUUGGAGCUUCAUCAGCCACAGAGAGGGACACGGAAAUCUGAGAUCCAGAAAAGUUCCCUCAACUGAAUACUCAGCAAUAAAAAACGAGUCCAAAGGUGAAUCGCAAGAUGAAAAUGAAGACUCAAUGAUGUACGAGUGGGUUGUUGAAGAUGACCAACUCGCAGAGGACCAUUCACGGCUCGUGGAAACGACACUGGAAGAGCCUAGCCCAAGUGCUGAACAAAGCACGUCAACUCGCAACACAACCAAGCAGCGCGCGAAUAAGUAUGACAGCGGUGAUGACCAGCAACCCUUGGAAAAACGGAGACGCUCAGAAUCUGCAGAGGACGAAGACAUGCUCUUCUGCAAAAGCAUUGUACACACACUACACAGACUGAAUCCCAAACAGAAGGCCUACGCUAAGCUUCAGAUACUCAAAGUUCUCUACGAAGCAGAGUUUGGUGGUGAUGAUGACAAACAUUAAAGACUUAUCUAUUUACCGACGGUACAUACUGGCAGAGGUUAAAUUGAUAUAAAUCUGCGUGUCUGUGGAUAAUUGUUUGGCAGGCAUCGCAGUCACUAGCCAUUCCGUUUUGAAACAAAAUAUCAAAUAAAAUAAAUUAGCUUUAAUGCACAUA